AUUUUGGAGUGAUAGGUUAAUAUUAAAGCCUCGUUGAUAUUUACAGUAUCAUACCACACAAUAGAUGUGUGCCAGAAGUUAUAACCAACCCCAUUAUAUAUUUAUCGGCGAUUGAUUCGAUAUGUCUUGCUGGAACCUUGACAUGCGUCGAGGAAAGCAUCUGUCCACACGAGUACUGUAUGCAUCAGUUGUCUGCCUCAUUUAACAAUUGAAAUGAGUUAUUUUUGUGUGAUCAUGUUAUAAUUGUACUGCACGGUCUUCAUAAUGUUGAGGCUUUUAUCUCACCCGUGUGUUAGGGCACGCUUUUGUAUCGCGGACCUCUGUGUUCAGCAUUACUGUGUACAGUAUAGUGUCACAGUCCCGUGGCGGUCAGUGCUGACAUCAAAUGCAUUGGGUUCGAGUUCUGUUUGUCCAGUCAGACUCAGACCCAUAGACCAACAGCAUAGACAGUUUGCGGCGUCAGUACUGCACACUCCCCGUCGAAAGCCCCGACAGAGGACCGAUGUGAGUGAAUCCACCAGGAACAUCCGUGAGACUGAGCAAAACUCUGAGGUCUCUAAACCCGAUCAUGCAUUUGGUGACUAUUCGCCCGAGUACACUAAGAGAACCACAUUCAAAAAGUCCUCACCCCAUUACGUGGAUCUACGGUACACCGAAGGAGAGGACGAAAAACGGCGGCCUAAAUUUAGAUCUAGGACGGGACAGACUAACACACCAAACUGGUACUUUCUUCAGUGCAAGAAACUCAUCAAGGAGGACAAGCUGCCUGAAGCAUUGGACAUGUUCGAAACAGAGAUGUUACAAGGAGAGAGACUUCAACCUGAGGAGUUUAACUACACGGUGCUGAUAGGAGGCUGCGGUCGGGUUGGCUACGUCAAGAAGGCCUUCAAGCUCUAUCAAGAUAUGAAGAAACGGGGCCUCGAGCCAACAGAAGCCACUUACACUGCCCUCUUCAAUGCUUGUGCGGAGUCACCAUGGAAACAGUCUGCGUUGGAGCAGGCUCUGAAACUGGAGCAAGAGCUGCGCAGGAAGAACAUUCCGCUCAACCCUAUUUCCCACCGUGCUUUGCUGAAGACAAUGGCUCUCACUGCUGACCUCCAAAGCGCUCUUCGUGUCUUCCGGGAUAUGCUGGCGUGUGGUCAUCCCAUAACACAAGAAACAUUUCAAUGCUUGCUGAUGAGCUGUGUAAAAGACAAGACUGAUGGAUUCAGACUUGCACUGCAGGUUUGGCACCAGAUGUUAAAGAUGGGUAUAAAGCCGGACACUCACAACUACAACAUUUUACUACGUGCCACACGGGACUGUGGAAUUGGAGAUGUUGCCCUGGCCUCCAAGUUACUUUUAAAGAAACAGAAUACCUCCCCUCUCACACUCGGGGCAGGGACGAGGGACCGCAGAGCCAAAAUCAAGGAGAGCUCUCGGCCCAGACCUCUGGAUAUCGAUGCCUUUGAAAGUCAGUUGUUUGCGGAUACACGCUCACAGCAGACAGACACAGAGAGCAUAGAGUCGACUGAAAAAGGCAGAACAGAGAAGAAACACUCACACACACAAGAAGCCCAAAGAGCGAACGUAACAGACAGACAACAGACUACAGACAGUCAAAGUGCACUUCAGGUUUACGACAGCGGUAUGUCCAUCCACUCACCUGGUUCAUCAGCUUUCUCCCCACCAAACCUCCUGGAUCCAGCCACAUUGCGCUCUGACAACCUAUCUCUGGGAACCGUGAGCUCUGCGUCUGAUAGGCUGGCACUGAUUGGCAGCAUGGAGGGUUUUCUUGGCAAGAUGGCCGAGCAGGGUUUGCAACCCACCCUGAAGACUCUUACUCUGCUGGCUGACGUUGUGGAGCCAGGCGACCAGGCAGUCCAGGCUCUCCUCUCAGUGGCCAAUGAAAACAAGAUCAAGCCCGACGUCCCCUUCUUCAACACGCUGAUCAGAAGGGCAGCUAUGACUGGCGACCUGAAGGGGGCAAAGGCCACCCUGGAGAUGAUGUCCAAUAGGAAGCUACUUCCAGAUGUGAAGUCCUUCUGUAACGUGGCUUUGGCUUGCAACACAAAACAUGCAGGACUACAGUUGCUCUCUGACAUGGAGUCUUGUCGUCUUGCACCCAAUGCACAUGUUUACAGUGCACUUAUCAGACAAGCAAGCAGACGUCUAGACUAUGUCUACCUCAAGGAGAUUCUGGCAUCCAUGCAUGAGAAGCAGGUUGCCCCAAAUGAGGUCAUUCUUAGACAGCUUGAGUUUGCUGCUCAAUAUCCUCCAAACUAUGACAAGUAUAAAUCCAAGAAUAUUUACUUGGAGAAGAUUGAUGGUUUCCGUGGAUUCUACCAGGUGUGGCUACAGAUAAUGCCGGGGCAGGAGACUCCUCACCCUUGGGAGAAGUUUCAGACACAGAAAACUGCAACAGAAGAAGAGGAUACUGAAAAAUAAAUGUCCAUAAUGAAAACAUUGGUUGCACACUUAGCCUCAGACUUUCUCUUUACCCCCUUUUGAUAAUCUAAAUAGUAGACCCCUAUCCUGUGAUUGUAAAUAAUGAAAAUAUGUAAUGUGUGGCAAAGCUAAUAAAAUUCUUAUA